AGGAAGGCUCACUCUAGACAAGAUCAAUGCAGCUAUUAAUGACAUGUCAACUUAUGCCGAAGCAAAUGCUCAACUUAUCACAGCCCCAAGAAAGAAGUUGACAGAAAAUAUGUUGGACAGAGCUCUGGAAUUAAGAGAGAUUGCCACUACAGAAGGAGUGAAGGGCAAACACUUUUUCCUAGAAACUGACAUGAAAGGUCCUUCAAUGAAGCUUGACAACACUGGAAAAGCAAUACUAACUGUCCUUCGUCACCUUGGUCGGAUAAGCGAGACACGGAUUGGGCAUCACCGUGUGAUCAUUCUUUUAAAGCCUCAAUGAACGGCCAUGCUUCCACAAAUAUUAUACGAGUGAAUGUAUGCUUUCUUUCUGCUUUCUAAUUUUGUUUCUUUUUCCAGAAACUGCAAGCUAUGACUUUGCAUAAGGGAAUGUAACCUGAACUAGUUAAAUUGCAGAAAAGCCAUGUAUGUGGAAGCUCCCUUUGAAGUUGAACACAAUAACAUUGUAUUAACUUCUGGAAGAUUUAAAAGAAACGUAUGCUUCGUUUGGGAUGUGAGUUUAUCUUUUGACUUUUUAAUUAUUUUAACAUGGGUUUAAUAGUGUCGUUUAUGAUAGACUUUUUGAGUUGUUUUGACUUUUGUG